UUUUUUUAAUUUGAACUGUGACCUUGAAUGAAAUAGAUAUUAUCUGCAUUGCAAAGGUUUAUUGUGAGGCAAGAAUGUUCAAUAUGGAGGACUCGGAAACGUCUGGCACAAACGCGGAGCUAAGGGUAUUUCUGAUUGGACCUCGCGGUGCAGGGAAAAGCGCAACUGUCAACACAAUAAUUGGCAAAGACGUGGCUGAAUCCACAAGCUCCUUGCGGAAGGAAUCAACAACAAAGAAAAUGAAUAUGUAUCUUGUUGAAAAUCAAGAUGUUGUUCUAGUUGACACUCCGGCGCUACGAAAGUCCUUAACAAAACAACUGAAAAAAGAAUUCACAAAGUCCGACAUUCUGGCGUUUGUAAUAGCUGCACAGAGUUUACAAAUGGAAGAUGAGUCUUGCAUUAUGAUGUUUUUAAAGGACCUAGAAUAUUUACAUUCUCGAAGUUUUAUCUUGCUAACAAGAGGAAGUAAUAUUGUUGAUGACAACAAUGUAUUCAACCCUGAAUCUAACAAAGAAUUGUACAGCCUAUAUGAAGCUGUUGAAAAGAGAUAUGUUGUGUUUGAGAAUAGGAAUAAAACUGAAAAAGAAAGAAAACUUUGUAUCGAUAACUUCCUGUCCAUGUCAAGAGAAAUUAGUUCUAAUGAAGAAAUCAAGAUAGAGACACCAAGGGUCAAUGACACCAAACUUAACAGAAAAGUCCGCAUAAUCAGUUUUGCAGCUAUUCCGAUCUUCCUAGGUUUUAUCAUGAGUAGUAACAGGUUCAGAACUAUGUGUCUUGGUUUUUUUAAUGCCUUGGGACGUUUUUUGACUUUUCCAUUCCGUUGAAUGUUUUUUAGAACUUUAUUACGUCUUGGAUGUACAAUGUAUAUUCUUUAUAAUUUGAUAAUAUAAUAUGUUAGCCUAUAAAUCCUAUUACAUUUUUUUUUUAAAUGGACAACAUCGAUAUGUGAAAUAAAAGAAUUUUUAUGCAUUUUGGGUGUCCUUGAAAUCACUGCUGGCGUGGGUUACACCAUAUUCUUUGUUUUUUAUUUAUAUCAUACUAGAUGAAACCUUGUGCAAGCGCGGGAAUUAGCUUUUUACACAUUAAUAUGAUACAAUGCCUAUUAUGUUGAACCAUUUUUUGGAGUUCAUUUCCAUUUCUCUAUAUACCUUUUUCUGAAAUGCUUCUUAACUUAUUCUUUAAAAUUGAUGAUC